AUGCCCCUCCCAGACUCAAAUACGCCCCUAAAUCCCACCGUGGAAGAAAUGCCCGAUGAGGAGGGAGCUAAUAAUGCCCGAACCGCGCCAAAUCCCGGCACGUUAUGGCCGCAGAUAUGUACGCAGCAUGACUCUGUCCUUUCAUCGCACCUGAGCACGCUCCAGGCGUUAAAGGAGCAGGUUUCGUCAGACCCAGAAGCCUCUCAGCUGAUUUCGGCGAUGAUCGAGAGGACAAAUAAAUUGAUGCUGCAGUUUGAGGGUGUCAAGAAACAUAUUACACCACGAAUGGGUCGCCGGUCUGACCCUGUUCGGCCGACAGGCGACGGGACUGAUUCUACGCAUACCACGCCAUCGAGGCCUGAAGAUGGCUCUGGUCGUAAGAGAAGGAAGCGGAAUAGGCUUUCAAACACGGAAAUCGAGUCCGAGGUCGAGGCAAAGGAGCCAUUGCUUGAGGUGCAACGAUUAAAGCGGAAACGAACAGAUGUCGCCAUUCCAGGUGCGGAUGAUGAUGUUCAAAGCGCCAUUCCUGUGUCAUUGGAGACAGAAGAUAUUUCAGAUGAGGUACAGCGACGGUUAGAGAUCAAGGAAGAGCAGCGGCGCAAGCGUGACUCGAAACCUGAGAAACGGAAACGGGAGCGUGAUAGUCUUGCGUCCAAUAGUAGCACUCUGUCGACAGGUGGCACGAAGCCGAGGAAGAAGUUUAAGCUGAGUGGGGGAGCUAAUCGGUGA